AUGCGCAAGCUCUAGGAGUCGCCGGCCAGCCCUUUAGAGUACCUUGGUGAUGGAGAAGUUAUCCCCACAGGGGCAGGGGUAGAAAUACGUCUCUGUGUCCUCGUCAUAUUGAAAGUCCUCGAUCUCCACCUCGUCAUGAAACACCGCCAUGGUCACCCGGUCCGGACCGCAUCAGUUUGCCUAGCUGCGCCCAGGCAGGGCAGCACCAUGGCCCAUGUCUUGAUUCCUGGGUUGUCUCGAGGCUCUGUGGGAGCCAUCUGCACUCAGGCUGCUUCGUGGGCACUGCCUACCAGCACUCUGCGUUCCCUUACCUUAGCCAGCGUAAUGAGAUCCAGAAGGAAAACUGACCACCUAGAGAGAACCGCCACUGUCCUCCGCCGGGAGGUCAUGGCUGCAGCUAAGGUGUGUGAGAUCACUCACGAGUCUCCAUCAGUGAAGAGCCUCCGUUUGCUUGUUGCUGAUAAAGACUUUUCCUUCAAGGCUGGCCAGUGGGUUGAUUUCUUCAUCCCAGGAGUUUCAGUGGUUGGUGGGUUUUCAAUUUGCUCCAGUCCCCAACAGCUAGAACGAGAGAGAAUAAUAGAAUUGGCAGUGAAAUACACGAACCAUCCUCCUGCUGUCUGGGUUCACAAUAAGUGCACACUUGACUCAGAAGUGGCUCUCAGAGUAGGUGGAGAGUUCUUCUUUGACCCUCAGCCCACAGAUGCCCCUCGAAACCUCGUCUUGAUUGCUGGAGGGGUUGGGAUUAACCCCCUGCUUUCUAUCCUGCGCCACUCGGCAGAUCUCCACCGGGACCACAAAGAAAAAAGGAGAGGCUAUGAUAUAGGAACAAUAAAACUGUUCUACAGCGCAAAGAACACCAGUGAACUCCUGUUUAAGAAAAAUAUCCUCGACUUAGUACAUGAGUUUCCUGAGAAGAUUGCCUGCAGUUUUCACGUUACAAAACAGACGACCCAAAUCAGUUCUGAACUUAAGCCUUAUGUCACAGAUGGAAGAAUAACAGAGAAGGAGAUAAGAGAGCACAUUUCGGCAGAGACUCUGUUCUAUGUCUGCGGCCCACCUCCAAUGACAGACUUUUUCUCUAAGCAUCUGGAAAGCAGCCACGUUCCCAAGGAACACAUCUGCUUUGAGAAGUGGUGGUAGGAGCAGGCACAGAAGACCUGAGAGCCGCUCAGGACAGUGAGAACCAGCAACAGAGUCACACGAGAAACUUCCCGCAGACUUCAUUGGUGGCACUAUUUUUCACUAUAUUGAUUUUUCUUUCAUUAAUUAUCCUAUGAUAGUUCAUUAUUACAGAAUUUCUGACCUUUGGGGAAAAGACCAUGCUCAACCCAAUUGUAAUUAAAAGAUUUACUGAUGAGCUGCUGGCAGGAAGACAGGCUGAGAGCCAGAUUUGAGAUGGCCAUAAAUAAAAGAGGGUGGGGGGAAAGGUUUCCCAAAGGGAAAACCAUGGGGAGGCUCACGGUAUCUAUGCAAGCAGGCAGACUCUGGCCUGUUCUGCCAAGAUUAAGUGGGUAAAGCAACUGGAAACAAUCUGGGUGUCUGCACACGCAAGUUACAGAAGCUGAAAACGGCCUCCAUAGCCAGGAGAAGCUCACAGCUGUGCGUUUCUGGGGACCCCUGAGCCAGGGCUGUUUUCUGGGACCCCGUCUUUCUGGAAUUUUGAGUCUAUGGCGAGCAGUCAUCAGUACUAAGAUGGAGGGAGGCCUAGAAAAAAAUAGUUUCUCGAGUUGGCCUUUACACCACGAACUGAUUAAUACAGGUUUUUCUUUUGCCCUUUGGGGGCAAAUUAGUCUAAUUAUGUUAAUUAAAGGAAAGUGUGGGUUUUGUGUGAACUGUAUACUUCUCUAAAUAAUUGGACAGAAAUUCAUAAAAUUUAUGUUUACUGAAUUUAUAAUUUUAAAUACAUUCUUUAUUUUGAAAUGUCUUCAUGUUUAUUGCUUCGGUUUUCUUUCACUGUGAGUGGCCUGAUGCGCCAUCAGGGAAUGAAAAAUCACUAGGAAAACAGCUUGGGGUUGGGUGACCAUUUUGUUUUCCUUGGUGUCGAUUCCCUGAGUAAUCGUUAUUGUCAGUUGUUCUAUAACGAAGCCUCUCUGCACCCUGUGCCCUGCCCUACCGCUGAGCAGGUGGCGUCUUGUUUGGGGCAAAGGUGUUGGUGGCUGCUCUUUCCUUUGAAUCCGCUUCAGUGUCUGGGCCGGCUGCCUGCUGAACUACGCCUAGGACUGGCUGUGGGGACAGUGCCAUUUCCAGGACCUGCACCUCUGCUUUGUUGUGUUUUCUUGUUGUUUGUUGUUGAUGGUGGUUUUUGAGACAGGAUUCUCUGUGUAGCCCUGGCUAUCCUAGAACUGUACCUGUAGACCAGGAUGGCUUCAAACUCUAAGAUCUGCCUUCCUCUGCCUCCCAAGUGCUGGAAAACACUGGGUUAAAGGCAUGCACCACCACCAAGUCUGGAUGGAGGAGUGGGUUACCAGAAGCUCAUCCCAGCUGCACUGAUAAAACUGCUAAAGGAAGAACGUUCUGUCUGUCUCUAUUUAGAUUUGGAGAGAGAAAAAGCCUAAAGUUCAUACACUGAUUGAAGCACAGUCUUGGGUCUGUGGCCUCAGCCCAGGGAAGUGAAAAGACCCUAGGCAAGCCCAGUGCUGGAGACCCG